GGACGUCAACAACAACAACAAUUAAGCUUUAGUUUACUCAAACGUUUGCUUUUUUCAAAGCCAUUUUAUAAAAAAUUGUACACGAUUAAUUAACGGUGUAUCUGAAAGGACAAAAUAACCUAAUUCGUCAUAAGUUCGCUGAGAGAUCCCAGAGUUCAAAGUAUAGAAUAGAAAAUUUUAGAGAUUUGCAAAAAAGUUAGAAUAUGCUGCCAAAAAUAUGCUACUUCUCUGCUGCCAAAAACUGAAACAAUAUCCCUGACAGCAUUCGAGAGAAAGAAUCAAUCGCUCGUUUUGAAACAGGGUUUAUAAGAGAGUAUAUUGUGAACCUUCAAACGUACAGAUUCCAAACACGUCUCUUUGGUAGAGCAGCGAUUUUGUUUUCCCUAGACACAUAUUGCUAAAAGUUAUGAAUUUGUUACUUUUUUUAAAGCUGAAAGGAUGUAAAUAUUCUUGUGUAAAUAUUGAUAAAUAUAUUUAAUGCACAAUAAAUCCCUGACUUUGCGAUAUAUUCUUACAGUAUUACUUAAUUUGCAAUUUAUUUUCAAAGUAUUACCAAAGUUGCGAUAUAUUUUUAUAAUAUACGUGUUUUUUUGAAGGGCACUUUUCCUCAUGGCAUAGAUAUUCUCACAACUGUUGAUUACUUUUCCGUUGGAAAUAUCACAAACUGUUACAUCAAUCUCAGUGUUUUCGUCGCCAAAUUUCCAGAGUAUACACAAGCAAUCAUUGACCAUUUGGUUGAUUACAAAGUUUGUCAUUGGGACAGGAACGUCCGUCAAUUAGCAUCGCAGUCUCUUGCGAAGUUAACAGCUGUAUCACCUCAUUACAUGAAGUGCAACGUUUUUCCAAGUAUCCUUUUGCUGAUAAAUUCAACGGAUUUGAAUACAAGACAUGGUGCCUUGCUUGCAGUCGCAGAAGUCGGCGAGGCUAUCUAUUCCGUUUGCGCCGAUAAGAGUGGCUUGCUAGAUGGUGAAAGUUUACAUCGAAUAGAGAAUAUCGUAUCUUUUUUAAAGGAAAACAACUAUUUCAACGGCCUGGAGGGCGACUUCAUGAGAACCGCAGUUUGCAAGUUGAUUGAAAAGUUUUCAGCGGCUCGAAUACCAAUAAACUGGAACGUUGUCGUAGGAGACUGGCAGGAGAUGAUUGACGAGUGCCUGGCGCAUACAGUAGCAUGGAUCCAAGAUAUGGGCGUGGUAGCAUUCCAUGAAUUGUGCAAGUGUUUCUACGGAAGAAAGGGUGCAGAAGAGCCAGGUAAUUCAUUGGUUGAUCGCUUUUUGGAGAAACUUCAAAGUUCCUUUCACUUCGACAGAAUGGGAUAUGCCCUUGGCCUGGGGGCUUUGCCAGCAUCCAUGAUCGAAGAACGUAAGACCAAAAUCAUCGAUGGGUUGCUUCAGUCCCUUGUUAUUCAAGAGAAAACUGCCGGAAUAUACGCAGAGCCAAGAAGGAAUGCAGUGAAGGCAUUAACAAGAAUCUGCGAAGAACUUGGCCUUGCAACAACUGGAGAAGAAAACAAUGGCAUAAACGAGGCAGAACUUCAGAAAAUACUUGAAAGCUUUUUCACAUCGAUGCAAGAUUAUUCGGUCGACAGCAGAGGUGAUGUUGGGGCUUGGGUUCGUGAAGAAGCCAUGACUGGGCUCGAGAAGUUAUGCAAGUUGAUGGUGGCAAAAGAUGUGUCGAUAUGUCCCCAAAACUUAGGCACUAGAGUUUUCUGCUGUUUGGUGCAGCAGUCGGCAGAGAAGAUAGACAGAACAAGAGGUCACGCUGGCGAGACCUUGUUACGCAUGGUCCACAUGAAGCCACCUUUACCAGACAUACCGCACCACCAGGAACUAAGAGAAGUUUUUCCAGAGUCAGACAUUGAGAAGCUCAACUGGACAGUUCCAUCUGUUGCAUUUUCAAAUAUAAUCAAACUUCUUCCUCUUCCUGCUUAUCGUCAUUCCGUCCUUCUUGGAAUUACUGUCAGCGUUGGUGGAUUAACUGAAUCUUUGGUUCGUCAUUCAUCUGAAUCGUUGCUUCAGUACAUAGGUUCCAUCCAAUCGAGCAAUAAAAAGAUGAACGAAUUUACCAGCGAAAUAUUAACCAUUCUAGAAGAAAAUAAAAAGAAUGACAGGGUCGUACUUCCAAUGUUGAGAAUGGUUGAUCUUUUAAUUUCAAACGGAUGUUUUGAUAUGUUGACAGAGGAAUCAGCGAGCGAAUUUUCAGAAAAGCUGGCAACACUUUUGAAAUGCGAAGUUGCUGGAUCUGGGGAUACGAAGAAAUUGAUGAGCAGUAUAAAAGUGUUUUGUGGGCUUCUUCAAUUUUCCGGUGAAGGACGAAGCCGCUCAUUGUCGCAGCUCAUGCUGUUCCUCUGCCAAAAGUAUCCUCUGGUUAGGAAGGAAACAGCUGAGACUCUUUAUACAACGCUGAUUACAUUCGAAGAGGUUGUUGAUGAAGAAAACUUGGAAGAAGUUCUGACUAAAUUAAGUGAUACAGAGUGGGACGAUAAUGUCGAGGAGCUACGUGAACGACGGAAUGCUAUAUGCAAUUUGUUGGGUGUACCAGUUCCAAAGCUGAAGAAAAAAGCAAAUAAGAACAAAGGAAGCUCUGAGCCUAAGGAUGCACUAGAAAGCUAUCAAGAUUUAGUCACCAGACAUGGCUACUAAUGCUGAAAUCAAUGUCCUGGCAAAGAUGUCCAAACAUUAAUGAGAUAUAACCAGCACACAAGGAAGUUGUGGCGUUCAUGUAUUUCCUUAAAGUUCAUAUUUAACUGAGCGAUCUACAUCUGGGACCAAGUGCAUAUACCAAGAAGAAAUUAUAUUUUGGAAUCUUAGAUUUCUAACUAGAAAUUAUAUUCUAGAAUCUUAGAAACACGAACCUUAUUUUGUUUGAUCACUUCUAGAAAAUACGAGUAAACUGAAUUAGAAGACUAGCUGUCAUAAUAUAAUUAAAAUCAAUAGCUGAAUUCAAA